GCCAGCCUCUACCUCUAUUCCUCAACUCUCCUUUUUCUCUCAGAUCGGAGAGAGCUUCUCCGUUAUGUCACGUUACGACUUCAGUGCUUCUGGAGUGAAACUGAAACCGAGAAUGCAAAACGACGUCGCCUACUCCACCGCCUCAGCUCGCAUCGGAACCUCCGCAAUGUCAUCAUCGCAGCCUCAACCGUACGGCGGUGUUUACAGCUCCGUUUACUCCUCCUCGAUCUUCGGUCCAAAGCCUUCUUCCGUCGCACCUUACGGCGUCCAAUCAAACUCCGACACGUCGCAGGCCUACCGCAACAAACUCUACCAGUCUCUGCUGGUCCAAAACCGGCAGGAGAUGGUCAACCGCCACAGCCUCUGCCUGAAGCGCCUCCACGAGGCGGCGGAGGAAGCCGACGCUCUCCGCCGUGAGAACAGCCACCUCCGCAACGUCAACGUCGAGCUGAACAAGCAACUCAGUCUCCUCAUCCACGCCUCCAUCCAGAAAGAGAUCGAAGCUUCUUCAAGCUCUGUGCAGAGGUCGCCGUUUGGGAUCGUCAACGGAAUUCGCGGCCUGUCAAUUGACGGCAAGUCGUCGGCUCAAGAGGAAGAGGAAUUGAGCGAUCAGAGUCCGACGAGUGAAGAGGCCGAGAAUGUUGAUGUGGAGAGGAUUUCGCUGCCGAAGAGCAUAUCGGUGAGGUCCAACGGCUACGUGAAGCUUCCUCCGGUGACCGCUGCUACCAACGCCGCCGCUCGGAUUCAGACAGCGGCCAGAUCUCGAAUCGCCAAGGCAAUCAGUGCUUCACAAAAGGUGUACGUUCAAGGAGGGAAGAAAGAGGAAGUGCCACUUGAACUGGAGGUGUUCAACCAGGGAAUGUUCAAGACUGAACUCUGCAACAAAUGGCAGGAGUCUGGUGACUGCCCCUACAAAGACCACUGCCAAUUUGCUCACGGUGUGGAGGAGCUGCGCCCGGUGAUUCGCCACCCGCGCUACAAGACCGAGGUCUGCAGAAUGGUGCUAGCCGGUGAUGUCUGUCCAUAUGGCCAUCGCUGCCAUUUUCGCCACGCGCUCACUGAGGAGGAGAAGGAGCUUGCUGGUGGCAACAAUACGCCCAGCAGGCCAAUCAGGUAAAAUAUGAUGGAAGACAGUAAGUAAUAAGGGAGAGAGCUGGGGUGGAGAACAGUAGUGAUGUUUAUAUUACAUGCCUUAAGUAUAUAAUGCCUCGUUAUAUGGUAACUAUAAAUAUGGAAUGCAUCAGAUAGUGAGAAUAAUUAGUAUACGGCAAAAGUCCAGAAGAUGGAGAAGAGAUGUGGUUUUCAGAGAUAGAGAUGCGCUUUCUUGCUUCUUUUGUAUGUGAUGGUCUUUCAUAGGUAGAUGAGAUGUUUGGUGAUGGCAAACCAAGCUACCAACCAAGAAGAAACUCUCUUUGGUUGAUCCAUGUUAAUAUGUUUUCUGUUUGGACUUGUUUUUCAAAGCUAUUCAUCUCACUCUCAUUUUGGUUUCAAUUUCUCCCUGAUGGGCUUUUGCGUGUUUGGUUUUGAGUGAGCUAUGAUGCCCCAAGUCCCUAGCCUGUUGGUCUAAACCCCUAAAUGCCAUUCUCUGUGUGUGUGACUUAUAUAUAGAAGAGUAGAAGAAUGAGGUUGCUUAUUCUGGCACAAACCAAAACGAAAUGAGGGAGUUUUGGAUAUAGGUGGUUAGGUAAGAGAUGAGAGUUUCGAUGAAACACUCACUCUUAAGUCUUACCUAUUCCACCUAUAUCCUUUGAUUUUGUUCCUCCUUUUCCGUCUUUUUUUUUUACCUUGCAUUUUUCAGAUCUUGGUCAGUUGGAAAUGGUAAGGUCGCUUCGUCUCUCUUCUUCAAGUUGUCUGUCUAUUCAAUCACCUGAAAUCAAGUCUUGGUAAUUAAUGUUCGAUCUUGUCCUGUGUUUGAAUAUCUGGAUCCAAUUUACCCAGUAACCCACAUUACCAUUCUGUUUUAACCGCACACAAGCACUUCCAAGGUUUGUGCCCAACAUAUUUGUUAGCAGUAAUUUAAGUUGAAUUUGCUGUGCAGCCUGUGCAAAACAAAAACAAAAAACAAGAACAGAAAAGAGGUUAUAUGAUUUUAAAUUUACAUUCUGUUGCGGGCUCCAACCCAUCAUAAUCCAUGAUAUAGAAUAGUGAGACUACUUAAGCUAGAAAGUGUUUCCUUGUACUUGUCUGGGUAAAUGUUAUCUUUGUCCUUGGGCCUACGGCUGUGAUAUAUUCAGAUAAUAAAAGGUAAAAUCACCCAGAACAAGACCUCUAGAAUCAAAUGUAAAUUAAAUUAUAGUGCGUCAGAAUUACGGUUUGUAAGGUUAGAACAAAAGUUUUCUAACAUUUCAGAGUAUUAAAAUUUUAAAGUUAAAGUCACUGUGUAUCUUAUACAAUAAGCUAAUCCAACAGCUUCUGAUGAGUUCUAUAGAACACCCCCGGUUUAGAACUUUAGAUAGUAAAAACAUACGGUAUCGGUUAAGGGUGUACGUCUUGGGCGGGCCUUAAUAAACCAAAUCCAAACUUAUUAAAUGGCCUGAAUUGGCCCAAAUAAACCCAAUAAACCUUAUAUAUGUGGGAGGAGAAGGUGGAUUGGUCCACUUGGAAACAAAGGAGAGAGGAAGGGUAGCUGGUGGAGGAAGUUGCUGGUAGGUGAGACUUGAGAGAUGGGAUUCAUCAUCUUUAUCGAUCUAGAUGAACGCCUUUGUUUUCCCCCGAUCUGCUCUUUUUCUGAUUCACAAGGGAAACAAAUUAAUGAGAGAAAGGGGAAAGGUAGAUAGAGCCCAAGGAAGUUUUGGGGUAUAGGCGGGUAGGUGAGAGGUGAAGACUUGUUCUUGCAUGAACUGUUUCUCUUCCCUAUGCCGCCUAUGCCCCAUGAUUUCCUUUGGUUCCUCCCUUUCCUUCUUCUUCUUCUUCUUCUUCUUUUCUCUAACUCUGCAUCCACUCUUGCUUCUGGUAUGUUAGGUCGCUUCUUUGAUCUAUUUAUCAUCAGCAAAUGUUCUGCUUGUUAUUUUUAUUAUGAGAUAAGCUUUGUUCAAACAUCUAAUUCUUGUCUAUGAAAUAAGCUUUUUAUUGAUGACCCACUUUGAUAUAUCAAGGUGUUUAA